CAAAUAAUCAUUUAUUACCCAGCAGACUGCAGCGUAGUGAACAUCUGUAUUUGACUGUACUUUUUAUCUCUAUAUAGCUAAUUAAGCUUAAGUUAUUUUCCCUCACAUAUCAUAUCUAGAUUAAUAGUAAACAAUAUCUACUAUAGUUAUUCUUCCUAAAUAAUAAAUUGCAUAAUAAUGCCGGCCAAAGCAGUGUGCGUUUUAAAUGGUGAUAUAAGUGGCACAGUCUUCUUCGAUCAGCAGGAUGACAGUUCCCCUGUUGUAGUUUCUGGAGAAGUCAAGGGACUAUCAAAGGGCAAACAUGGCUUCCAUGUGCAUGAAUUUGGUGACAACACAAAUGGAUGCACAUCAGCAGGACCUCACUUCAAUCCUUUGAAACAAGAACACGGAGCUCCCAAUGCUUCAGUCCGUCAUGUUGGAGAUCUUGGCAACAUUGAAGCUUCUACUGAUGGUGGUGUCACAAAGGUGAACAUUCAAGACUCCCAAAUCUCACUUGCGGGACCUAACAGUAUCAUUGGACGCACCUUGGUAGUACACGCCGAUCCUGAUGAUCUUGGUGUUGGGGGCCAUGAACUCAGCAAGACCACGGGAAAUGCUGGGGCUCGUAUUGCUUGUGGAGUGAUUGGAUUAGCCAAAUCUGCUUAAAUAGUUGGUAGUCUUCCAAUUUUUGCAACUAUUUAAUCAAUACCUGUCCCGUUUAAUAUCAAUGCUAAGUGGGAAAUAUUAGUACCAAUGUCUAUAUCUUGUUAUCAUCUUAUCACUCAAUAUUAUUGUCUUAUUAAUAUUUAGAGGUAUAGAAUUAUGUAGUGUAUAAGAUGAGGUUAAAAUAUUAUAUUCCAAACUAUUUCUCAAAGCCUGUGUAGCAUUUCUGAAUCAGUGAAAAAUGUGAUUGUAUUGGUUUAAUUUUUAUUUGGUGCAGGGAAUGUUGAUAUAUGAAAUAUCAAACUGCAGCUUGUUUUGUUUAUUAAAUAAAUACUUAUAUGACUUGAAUUUUUA